CUUUAAUUGUGACGCAUCCCUUAAGAUCGAUACUGUGAAGUCUUGUUCUGCUCUCGCCUGCAGCUUUAAUGUAUCGAUCGAUUGCCUUGUUUCAGCCACAAACGUCAGACUGGACUUGUCACAUUUUGGAAAGAGGCGACGCACCCACUGAUUCGGCGACUGCAGUUGAAUCGCCGCGAUGUCAUCAAAGAACGAUCGUUUCGAUGGGGCCAUUGUCACGGCCACCGAUGAGACGACACCUCUAAUUGCCGUUCAAGCUGGCCCUUUCGCAGAGCCGGUCGACCCAUCCAGCGAACUGACCAGCACAGAUGGAGCCCACGCGGAUGACGAGAACGCACCACUACCAAAGGGCCAAAUCUUUCUCCUGUGCUAUACUCGGGUCAUCGAACCAAUUGCUUUCUUCUCCAUUUUUCCGUACAUCAACUCUAUGAUUGAGCACGUGGGUGGCAUUGAGAUAGAGGAUGUAGGCUUCUACUCUGGACUCAUCGAGUCCCUUUUCUCCUUCACACAGAUGUGUGUCAUGAUCUUCUGGGGAAAAGCAUCGGACCGCUAUGGACGGAAGCCCGUACUUGUGCUUAGUCUGCUGGGUAUUGCGGUAGCCACGACCUUGUUUGGCAUGAGUCAGAGCAUUGCGCAAAUGAUUGUUGCGAGAUGCCUCGCUGGUGUCUUUGCGGGUACUGUUGUCACGCUCAGAGCUAUGUUCAGCGAGAACAGUACGAAGAACACGCAGGCUAGGGCAUUUAGCUAUUUCGCCUUCGCUGGAAACAUGGGUAUCUUCCUGGGACCGCUCUUGGGAGCUGCUUUCGAAAGGCCAGCUGAGAAGUAUCCUCGUGUCUUUGGAAACGAGUUGUUCCGAAAAUAUCCAUACCUACUUCCGGGACUCGCCGUUUCCGUCUUGACUCUUACUUCGGCUCUUACAACGAUGCUAUUUGUCAAAGAAACACUCCAUACGCACAAAGACAAGAAGAAGACCACCGAAGCCCCGUUGACCAUGUGGCAACUCGUCAAUGCACCAGGUGUUGCUCGAGUCAUCCUGAUAUUUGAAUACGUAGGAGUUCUAGCCUUCACGUUCACGGCUGUCAAUCCAGUUAACCUCCACACAUUCGUCCAUCUCGGCGGUAUUGGCUUUUCUGAUGAGCUCAUUGCUGCAGUGAUUGGAUUCUCGGGUCUCUCGCAGGCGGCAUGGCUUCUUCUGGUCUUCCCGGCUCUUCACAAACACAUUGGUACGGGCCAAGUCUUACGUCUCACUGCGUGGGUAUGGCCCGUAUUCUUUGCCGUCAACCCUUUGUUCAACCUCUUACUGCGCCACGGUCACAAGAUCGCAUUCUGGGUGAUUGCACCACCUUGUCUGGCACUCGGUAGUGGUGUAGCUAUGGCUUUCACGGCUGUUCAGCUUGCCAUAAACGACAUCGCGCCCAGCCAUGAGACUUUUGGCACACUCAAUGCAAUUACUCUUGCCCUAUCAAGCGGGGCGAGAGCUGUGGCACCGGCUUUGGCUACAAGUGUUUAUGCCACUGGAGUGAAGUAUCGCAUUCUUGGAGGUCAGUUAUUCUGGGUUUUGAAUGUGAUACUCGCACUCGGACUGAUAGGGUUGUGUGGUUUGCUGCCCGAGAAGGCGGAGGGGAGACCGAAGAAGGCAGAACCUCAGGCUGCAUAGAUUGGACCGCGUCGCCGUAGGCAAUAGAGAAUGACACCUUUCGCGUACCUCCUUCGUAUUCCACCAGCAUAC